CUCCAUCACCUCCAGUCUCUUUUACGCAUCGAGUCCGAUAAUGCGCGCAGGUACAGGGACACUCAUCUCCACAUUUCCACACAGAUCAGUCAAUUCCCUUCCACGGACUACUAUGAAAGAAGUGGAUGUAGAGAUCUGACAGACAAGAAAGGAAGCAUAUUUCUUGUGGAUCAUUCUUUUUUCUUUUUUUUUUUUUCUCUUUUUUUUCCUUUCGUAAACCGAGCGUCACGAUGGAUGUCUUGGCGAACCACAGUAUCUUUCAGGAACUUCAGCUGGUUCACGACACCGGUUACUUCUCUGCCAUGCCUUCGUUGGAGGAGAACUGGCAGCAGACUUGCCUAGAACUGGAGCGUUAUCUGCAGACAGAGCCCAAACGUCUGUCUGAGCUCUUCGACCAGGACUUGGACGGCCUCUUAACUCCAGCCUACCUAAAGGAGGAUGGUGAGGAAGACCUGUCAGACAGUCUGCUCCCAAGCCUGCCAAUCCUCCCUGAACCCCCCAGUCCACCUCCAGUGGUCCUCUGCCCAACCCGGAAGAACUUACCCACUGCUGGUACGAUGAAAAGGGACAUCAAACCCAAGGGACAGGGGCUGGAGAAUGUCGAAGGGGUGGAAGGAGUUAACCAGGCCCAGCUGAGCGCCGUUACUUCCCUCACACCCCCGUCGUCACCAGAACUGGGGCGGCAUCUUGUCAAACCCAACCAGACGCUGACGGCCUCGGCUGACGGUACGCUGACCCUGAAACUGGUGGCCAGGAAGGUCGGCCUCAGUGCCGCUCGGCUAGUGGCAGCACAUGCACUCCCAGUCCGGAUGAAGGAUGAAGACGAAGGGGCAGCCUGCGUCAUUGGGAUGGGGGAGCUACCGGAGAACAAGAAGAGGAUUCACCGCUGUCAGUUCAACGGCUGCAGGAAGGUCUACACCAAGAGCUCCCACCUAAAGGCCCAUCAAAGGACGCACACAGGUGAGAAGCCAUACAAGUGCUCGUGGGAGGGCUGUGAGUGGCGAUUCGCCCGGAGCGACGAGCUGACGAGGCACUACCGCAAACACACCGGCGCCAAGCCUUUUAAGUGCAACCACUGUGACAGGUGUUUCUCUCGGUCGGAUCACUUGGCGCUACACAUGAAGAGGCACAUCUGAGGAAUUUUGAGAGAGGUCAGCAGGAGUGGAAGAGGAUGGAGGAGGAGUGGAAGGAGAAAGGGUGCAUCAUAUCUGCAGAAAAAUAACACCAUGGAUGUUUUAGAGAGAGUAAAAGGCAGCAGACUGGACUGGAAAAACACCAGAUUCUGGACUUGGGGAGGGGGAAAGCAGAGACAGCAAACAGGGACAUUGACUGACUACAGACAGAAACAUAGGCCGACAGACAUCCACAGUGACUCUGUCAGUCUGUGCUUGAUCAGUUGGUCCAUGAUUCCUCAGUGACACGUCCUCGCUUCACAAAUGUCUCCUGGUGUUUGUCGCUUGGACCACACAGACGCUCCGUCCCACCAGUGUUUGUGUCUCAGAGGGGACGUCACGUGGCGAAUGGUGGACCGCUCGCCUGUAGCUGGCAGCUCUUUGUUUUAAUCGUCCUUGCAGCAGUCCCUCAGUGGAACGCUUCCAAAAUGUCAGCCCUGUUCAUGCAGUAGUGCUCCACAGUCUAGGGAGCACACCGACACCAAACUGGAUCAGUUGUAUAUUUAGCUCACUAGUGACAGUUACUGUUUGUGCGUAUAUUCAAGAGUUCCCUCUUCUUAGACCGAACCUCAAACUGGUGAGUCACUAAACUGCAUCAUCUCACAGGGUUCGCGGGCAAGAAAGCUGACUUUUGCUCCCUCAGUCCUUCCAGAGCCUUUACACUUCACCAAAGGGUUUAUUGUCUUAUAUAUCAGAGUGAUAAUAAUUUGACAAUUUUUCAUCUGACCUCUGUCACAUCUGCCAACUGGAUCCAUUUAUAAAUCCUUCUGGUUCGAUGCAUCGGAGCACUUGUUUGAACGAAGCAUAAGAUUGGAUUUCCUGAAGACUUGAAGAUGGGAGUGUGUUGCACUGAUGUGCUGUGAAGACUGAUUGAGGUCAUCCGGAGGGCUGGCUUUGCUUUAUGAACAUCAUCCAUUGAGGGGAACUGUUGGAUGAGGCUAACUAAUCUACUCUGGGAAAGACUGUUCAUCUCCUAGAAUGUCAGCUGAAACUGAGUAUCAAGUCAUGCUAGAUGACUCCUAAGGGGGUUUGUCCUCUCUGGGAUCUUUGCUCUUAUGAGUUGUUGCCACAAACUGUUGCACAAUUGACUCUUUGCAAACUUUUUGUACAAAAAAAACAAAAAAAAAAUCUGUCUUGAACUCGAAGACAAUUUGGGACCCACCAAACGCUGGCUUUCACAUGUAAUCAGAGCGUGGAAGGCCACAUGCACAAGUCAAAGCAGCUAGCUGACUGCGAAAUAGCACACAGAACGCAAACAAGAUCACUAUGUAUGUAAAGUCUAUAUUGUUUCUAGGAAAAGAUUCUCCUAUUUGUUAAAAAAGACAACUAAAAAAGACCAUUUUACAGAACUCAUUGGAAAUGGAUACAGCCAAAAAACACAAGUGUCUACUGUAGAUGCCUGAAAUGAUCUCUUUAGACUUUGAGUGAUUGGCACCUAACUACUAGCCACUGGGUUGAGGAGGGUUUUUUCUGUUCACGUCCAUGCAGAACUCUUCCAAUUCCUCUAAGAAACCAUUUCAGAUGAAAAAAAAGCAUUCAACAGCUCAACCAAUCGGGCCCUAUGCAUAUCCGAGAACAUUCCUGCUGACUUCCUGACCAUGUACAUGUGUGUCUGAAGGCAGAUUUUCACCCUACUGUACACUGAAGGACUUGUAAGAUCACACAAAUUCAGUCAGUUGUGAGGCUCUUCUCUGAGCGCAUCAAUGUGAAUGUAUCUGUUGUAAGAGUGUACAUGAUCCUCAGCCCAUGAAAACAUUUCAGCAGGGUUGUGAUCACGUCUACCAAGAUCAUAUCAGACACUGUUCAUAGUUUCUCUUCUUCACAUUAGACGUGAGUGGUUGAAUAAUUAGCUAGGUGUAGCGGUUAGUUUCCGACAACAUGUUUUACUGGUUGCACUGGACCAGCGGGAGGUCUGGACUGCGGAUUCAAAGUGGGUGGCUGAAGUAGGUUAGAGGGGAUAGAUCUGCAAGCUCAGCAAUGAUAACUGCCCCAUCAGCUUGUGAAACUGCAGUGGAAUGAAACCCACACACACUGAGACACAUCCAGUACUGUGUUUCCUCAAAUAGUGAUGGGGCUUUUUUUUUUUUUUUUGCUCAACUGCAGAAGGAAAGCCUUUAUUUGAAGCAGACCAGUACAAGAGGAAGACCUUUUAUUUCCAAUUCCUUCUGUUUGUGCAUACAGCAUUAUUUUAUUAAUAAGUCUAGAUUUGAUCUGAAAUAUCAUUUAAAAAUGAAUUCAUUAAAUGAACAGCUCUCUAAAAAUUGCAAGGGUCACUCACAGGUAAUUUAAGAAUUGUGUGGCACUGGUACAUUGAGAGAUUAGCACACAUACAUCUGUCUUAAAUAAAGGUAGAACACUAUACUUAUACUAUGUUUCCUCAAAUAAAUGCCAGGAGUCAAGUACCAAUCAGCAGGUCUCUAAUAACAGCUACUGUCAAGGUAACACAAGGGAAUAAAAGCUGGUUCUGAAUUACAGUCCAGGUAUAAAAAAAAAAAAAAAAAGGAAUUUGAAUAACCAUCCAGUGACUGUUCACUUCAGCAGGUUUAAUUUAACAUAUUCAUCAGUGCGAUUCUAUAAUUUUCAACACCUCUAGAUCAGUCACUGCAGGUGUGUGUCUUAUCUUUUCAGUGAAAUUGUCACUUGUUGAACUUACUAAUAACAGGAAGACAGCAUUUACACAGUGAAAGCUGUUAAGUGUUCAGUGGUUUUUAUCUUCUGAAACACUAGAGGAAAAAAUAAAUGCCAGGGCCACUCUUUGAGGAAACAUGGUAUGACUGUUGGAUCAUACAUUGUGUAUAAAUAUGGGUAAAGCAAUGCUGUUUUCAUAAUGCAAAAGUGAAGUCAGAAUAUCACAGUUAGACGGCUGUAUUUUUUGCUUCUGUGAUGCAACCUGGAGCCAGAGAUGUGAAAUCUACCUCAUUCAUUUUCUCUGGACUCUUUGGUCAUUUUGGUCAUUACAGAUGUCUGUCAGCCAUUUUUAUACCAUUGAAUAAAUUCACUUAAAAGACUUCCAUGAAGACAGAUUCGCCCCAUGAAAUCUGACUAAAAAGAUAGAAAUGACCUUUGAUGAAAAAUUUAUUGGAUAUGUACUUUUAUUUUUGGUUUAUUUUGGUUGGUUCUACUGACUAAUAUUGAGAUGUGGGCUGAUGACUUGUACAGGGGAGACUGAGAUGGUUUGGCUUCACUUUUAGGGAGCCAUCACUAUGUCCAUCUUUAUAUUUUCACGUCAACCACAGGUCAUCGCCAAAGACCAGGCUGUGAAUUGACUUCGAGGAAAUACGGUAUUCACCGUCAAAAUCUUGGUGAUCUGAUUCAUAUAUAUGAUCGAUUAAUCCGUCUUUUCCACAUUUGAAGUGUUUUUAAUCCAGGAACUGCAUUCUGAAAACUGGAUGAUCGAUGAUGUAAGUGCACACAAAUCAAACAGGCAGCUUGUCAACGUACUAAGAAAAAGAAGUACAAGAAAGUCAAGGUCAUAAUGUACUUUAGAGGACUUUUAACAUUGUGAGUCGGAGUGAGGCGCACCGCCGUCUGCGUUUUGGCAAGGGAGACAGAAAAUUGAUUUCACUCUGUAACCCAGAGGCGCAUUUCAAUUUCGGUUAUGAGUGCGGUCCAGCUCAAUCAUAUCAAGACAUGAUCUGUCUGCAGCUCUGGAAGUAGAUACUCUAUCAACUUCUGCUUCACAUAAACAGUGGGCUCUUUCUUUCUUUAAUGUGCAUGCAAGCCGGAGUUCCUUGCAAAAACAUACACAUGCAAAAACAGAUAGGAGUGAUCACAACACAAGUUAAAACUGCUGGUUUAUGUUCACCCAAAAUCCUCAUGUACCAUCAAAGUUGCAGCUACCACAAUAUCAUAGAAAUUCUGUAUGUCUAUUAGUAUUAAGAAAAGGCCUAGAUACUGACUAAUAUUUAACAUUUUCAUGGUAGAAAUGUCCAGUUUGGAUGAGAAUUCCCAGCAGGUGAGCAGGUUUGUGUUUUUCCUGCUUCCUUACCGUAGGGAACAUAAAAAUGAAGAAUAGCAGCUUAACCUGUGGGUUAAAAUGGUAUCAUCUAAUGGCAGCUCUUACUUGUGUGUUUCAGUUUUUUAACAGGACACCAAACACUCUCCUGUUGAACUGAAUGUGUGGGAAUGUGCAGCUUGGAAGUGUAUUUUAUCUGUCAUUUAAGUUUUCUACAUGUUCUGUAUCAAUUACAGACAGAUGAGGAUUCUGGACUGAAACACUGAAUGUGUUCAUCAUUGAAACUUUGGAGAAAAAAAAUCCAAAAAUUACAGGACAGUUCAAUUUGACUCUUCUUGUGACAUAAAUUGUUCUCCUCAUGCCGGGAGCGUGGGAUUUCAAAAUGUGAAUGUGUUUUCUGGAAAGGUUGUUUCAUGUCGUCUUCGAGGAUGCGGUUCUGUUCUACGUCAUCUUAAUGAAUGAUUGUCAAUUCUGCUGUGCCUGUGUGUUCUUUGUCUGUUUGUAUUUGCACUCUGAAUUUUUGGAAAAAAUCACUUGCAUAUCUGAUGUUUUCUGCCCGCUUGUACACUACUACACUUCACAAAAUACCCCGGGUGUUGAAACACUGAUCACAAAGUCUGUAUAGUAGCUGUUUUAAACACUGAUACACACACAUGCAUACACAUGGAAACAAAACCACACAAGCACACAUCCUACAAACCAGACACCAGAAGAAAAUAGUGCCAAUGUACAUUUUUGCAACCCAUGGAUACAAAAAUGUUCUGUUUUACACCAACAUUUCUCAAUACACGUACUCACCUUUAUUUAACCCAGCAAAUAAUUCUGAUCCUUCCAUUGGAGAAUUAGUGGGGUGAGAAAAAUAAUCAAAAUAAAUGAUAAGAUAAAUGCACUAAAAACUAAAGGAGUCAGGCUGUGAAUGUCAGUGUGAAAGAAUUUGAACCAAACUGCAUGAUUUUUUGGGUAUGUUUGAAAAAAGAUGCCUCAGAUUGUGCUAGGGUUAGAGUUAAGACUAGGGUAAAUGUUGGAUUUAGAUCUGGGAUUAGUGUUAGGUUAUAAAGACACAUAUUUGUGGUUUUCAGUGCAUAUAUAGUGGCAGAAUUUGUUUGGAUAAAUUAAGAAAUCGGUAACUACGGUGUCUUCAAAUGUAUAUUGGAAACAUUGUGUUCUGGCAAUCUGGUUGCACACGCACACACACACACACACACACACACACACAUCCAGGACGAUACACCUUAAACAUGCUCGAACACAUCCUGAUUUCACACAAAAACACCUGACACACAAACACUCUUCUGUCUCCGUUCUCCUCAUGUGUUUUCUGCCAUUUUUCAUACCACCUUGUGAGAGUCAGUGCUCCAGACUGCACUUGCUCUCCGAAGUGGAGGAAAAAAAAGA